GUCAUGUUUCUCCAAAUUCAAUAUUAUUUUUAAAAUAAAUGUUUGUAAAAAAAACUUGUGGUUUUGAAGUGAAAAUGAAUAAUCUAAUUAUUUCAUAACGAAUUACAUCUUCCCACAUUUUCAUAACUCACUGAUUAAUUUUCCUUUCAAGUAAUUUUUAUAUUUGCAAAACACUUGUGAGAUUAAGAAAAAAUGAAUAUUAGUCGUGUUUUCUUUGAAGAUUGUUUUAAAUCAAUGAAGACCAAAAAUUAAUCGAAUAGUUUGAUGCAAAAGAAAACCAACAAAUUAAUAAUCAAGUGAUAACAAUAUUUUUGAUUGCUCGAAAAGCUCACCAUGGUACUGAAAAUAACAAAGACUAAAAAAAAAAAGAGCAACAUAUGUUCACUAACAUAUACUCACAAAAAUGGCCUAACCCGAUGGCAUGAGAAGAUGGGAGAGGCCGCAGCCAAGAAGUGGAAGACCUAGGUUCGUGUUACUCCGGAUUAAGAACCAUAGAAUGCCAACAAGGAUGUCGCUAAGGAGUAUCCGACCAGAAACUGCAAGAGCUUUAAUGGUUCAGGUCUCAAGAGCAGGCAGCGGCGACUCUACCCCAAUCCACUGGUGGCACUUGGUCAGGAGCUCAAGGUACCUGUCCAACCCCCCAUGAUCUUGCAAUAAACAUUUUAUAAAUA